AUGGCUCUGGAUAAGCAAUUAAAUAGAAAUCUUCUGCCUCUAGAGAUGCUGAUUGAGCAAGUGGCAGUGCCAUUCCAGCCGGUGGUUUUGGACGCAAGUAUUACAGCCACAAACCAGGAUAAAAGAUUCCCAGGAAAUGGGCUCAAUGGGAUAUGGAAUGGGCUGUAUGAUGGCCACUGCAUCGACAUGGUUCGGUUGGCUUUCAUGUGCCACGCUGAUACCGUAGUCAUCACUUGGAAUGGGGCAUUCUUUGAGGGAGAGCCAGAUUUUUGUGCAAAGCAUCAGUGCAGAAAUUCUGAUGCAAUUCUUGAAUGCUCGAAACAUGAGAUAGCACUGUCAGAAAUAUGUCAACGUCCUCAAAGUUGCAUCCGGCUUAGGCUGGCGCUAAAAUGCUGGCCACAUUCAUGUCUGUAUCCGAAAGCGGAGGAUGUUUGCGAUCCUAGCUCAUUUGACUGGGCGGGAUUAAGACUCUCGAUGGAUUGCGCUACUGCAUUGCUGCCCAACAUUUCCGAGCCUCGCGAGGACGACCAGAUAGGCGUGACAUGGGUGGCCAGUGAUAUUCACGGGUAGCUUCUUGGUGCAAAACAUGAAAACCAAAUAAAUAAAUUUUACUUUGCAAACGUAGAAAACGAUCCAUGUCAAAUGGACAAAGAGACAAAGCAAUUAUCCGUGUAUUUUUGGACUCAAUAAAACAUACACACAGCCUUCAUUGUAUCACUGAAUUUGGAUUCCGUCCCUCAAACCUUGUUGUUUCCCACAGUAAAGAAAAGAAAAGAAAAGAAAAGACAAACAAAAAACAGCUUGGCUUGUCAAACUGC